AUGUCACUCGCGCCAGAACGCAUCAGCGUUAAGCGCAGGCGAUCCGACGAACCCGUCGACACUCUGUAUCUUGAGCAUGGCACUGCUCCCGACAAGAAACGAAGAGUCACCGACUUUUACUUCCAGCGUCUGCGAGAUGAGAUCAUCGCACCCAUUUCCCAGCGAGAGAAGAGCCCGGCGAUGCGUCAACCAACGCAGCUCUCAAUUCCUGGUGUUCCCCCUGUUCGGUGGACGUCGCCGGGUGACGACAAGAAAGACUAUGAGAGACUGAAGGCCAAACUCAAGGAGAAAGCAGACGACGGUGCGAAGACACAGGAGAGCCUCUCCGCUCCUACCACAGGCAGCCUGUCCGCUCCCCCUACACCUGCGCCCGCCUCCAGGGAAGGCCCGCACCUAACUCGCCGGUUCCACCUCACUCGCAAUCUCUCGUCGGCCUUGUCUCCUAGCGCUUCUGGCGGCAUUAGAAAGCAGAAAAGUUCGAUCCGCCCUCCGCUUGCCACGUUUGUCGAAAGAUAUGGUGCCUCGGUCAGCCAUGAAGAAAAUCCGCUUUACAGCGGCAAACCUGUGGACAAAUUGUUGGAUGUCCGCGCAGACGAAGCAGCAGGAGACAAUGAGGGAGAGAAGGAAACGCCCGACGCCGAGGGCUUGGAAAAGUCGAGUCGGACACUCAUGAAUACAUUCCUGCAACCCAGCAAUCGUGGUGUGAAGAAGGGAACGUCAAUCAGAGAUCAUCCUAGUACCUGGGACCAUGAGUCAGACCAGCUCGCGGAUGAGCUUGCUGCCUUGGCCAUGGAGUUGGACCCCGACAUCAAGCAAAAGGCUGAGGCUGAGCAUUCUUCUCAGCCGGCGCCGGCUCCCCAGGACACCAAGAUGACUUCACAGUGUCGAGAGGACGACUAUGUGUACGAAACAUACGUGCGGGUUCGCCAAGAUGAUAAGACUCCUGAUGCAACGAGAAUGGUAGAGCCGAACAAUGUCGGCAUCCUGGUCAUUGAGGAUGAGGACGAGGAGUUCUGGCAAAAAUAUGUUGACAGUGACGAUGAUACUGAUUGGGAUUCAGAAGAUUCAAAUGCCGAGGACAAUCCUGCCAACGACUAUCCAGAGGACGAGGUUAGCUCCGACGAUGAGUACGGCUAUAAUGCCUACAAAUACCGCCAGUAUGGGUCCGACGACGAGGCUUUCAGAAGUGACGACGAUGCCUUCCAUGAGAACAACAACAAGUGGUAG